AACAUCAGCAGUCUUUAGGUAUUGGAUCUGAUCGUUGCAUCACACUCUAAUCCGUGGACAGUUUGGUUUUGGAAUUUACGCGCUCUCUUGAAGGACUAAACAAUGAAAAUCGCCAUUGUUUUAUUGGCCAUCGUUGGCCUAGUUGCUGCCAGCAGCAUCUCUAAACAUGAAGUUAAAAUUGCCGAUAAGGAAUUUUUGGCCAAACAAAAGUUCCUUUUCGAAAUUGUUUACCGUGUCGAGGAUCCCUUGAUGUUCGAGGAAUGGAUCAAAAUGGGCAAAUCUUUCACUUUUAACAAAGCUGACUACACUCACUUUGACAUGUACAUGGAGAAAUUCUACGAAGCCUACAAACAUGAUGCCAUUUUACCCAAGGGCGAAUUCUUCGGUGCUUUGGUACAGACCCACCUUAAACAAGCCUAUGGUUUGUUCGAAUUCUUCUACUAUGCCAAGAACUGGGAAGUCUUCCAAAGCAAUGUUGCCUGGGCUCGUAUGCACUGCAACGAAGGCAUGUUUGUCUAUGCUUUGACUUUGGCCGUCAUCCACCGUGAUGAUUUCCAUGGCUUGAUCUUGCCUUCCAUCUAUGAAAUCUUCCCUCAAUACUUCUUCAACAGCAAAUUCGUCUUCGAAGCUGAGAAAUUCGAUUACAAUGUCUGGAGCAAAUACAUCAUGUACGAAAAGGAAUACAAGGAUAUCCUCUACAAGGACUACGCUACCUUCUACAAAAACCACGACAACCAAUACUACUACUACUUCACCAAGGACUUCAAGACCUACCAAUGGUGGAAGAUGAUGGGUUUGGGUGAACACUGGUACUCUGAGGACCGUUUCAUGUUGCGCGAUAACAUGGACAAAUACAACAAGGACUCUAAAUACUUGGAAAUCUUCGAAGGCACCAAGAUGUUCUUCAUGCCUGUUGACUACACUCGUGACAUUGAAUUCUUCAACAAGGAAUCUGCUUUGUCUUACUUCACUGAAGAUGUUGGUUUCAACGCCUACUGGUACUACCUCAACAUGGACUACGCUUUCUUCUUGGAUGGCGAAACCUAUGGUUUGAACAAGGAUCGUCGUGGUGAAUACUGGUUGUACAAUGUCCGUCAACUUUUGUCUCGUUACUACAUGGAACGUUUGUCUCAUGGUUUUGGUGAAAUUCCCGCAUUCUCCUUCUUGGACACCAUCGAAUACGGUUACAACCCUCAAUUGGUUUACCACAAUGGUGUUGGUUUCUCUUACCGCAAGAACUACUACGAAGUCGAAAGCUUUGGCAAAUUCGACUACUACUACAAGGUUUUGGACUUCUUCAACCGCUUGGAUGAAAUCAUCACCAAGGGUGUCUAUGUCACUUAUGAAGGCAAGACCAUUGAUUUGCGCAAACCCGAAUCCAUUGAAUACAUUGGCAGCAUCAUGCAAGGCAAUGUUGAUACUUUCGACAACUACUUCUUCAAAUACUGGUACAUGUUCGCCCAUAUGUACUUCGGUGAUGUCAACACUCACGAUUUCGAAGUUUUCCCCCACAUUUUCUUGAACUACGAGACCAUGAUGCGUGAUCCUAUGUUCUACAUGUUCUACAAGAAGAUUGCCUCCGUCUACUUCCAAUUCUUCAACUAUGUCAAACCUUACACUCACGAAGAAUUGUUGUUCCCUGGUGUCACCAUCAAGGACGUUAAGGUUUCUGAAUUGGUUACCUACUUCGAUUUGGUCGACUUUGAUGUCACCAACUUGAUGAACGACAAGAUGACUUUCGUUGAUGGUCAAUUCGUUUGGGACAAGACCUUGUUGGCUCGUCAAAUGCGCCUUAACCACAAGCCUUUCGACUUCGAUUUCGUUAUUGAAUCUGACAAAGCCCAAAAGGUUGUUAUCCGCACCUACUUGGGUCCCAAAUACGACGAAUUCGGCCGUGUUAUUACCUUGACUGAAAACCGUGAAAACUUCAUGGAACUUGAUAGCUUCCUUUACACUCUUAAAUCUGGUGUCAAUGAAUUCAAGCGCUACUCCAAGGACUUCUACUGGACCGUUGAGGACCGCACCACCUACACUGAAUUGUACAAAUACGUCAUGCUUGCCUUCGAAGGCAAAUACGAUUUCCCCUUGGACAUCAGCGAACCCCACUGUGGUUUCCCCGAUCGUUUGGUCUUGCCCCAUGGUUGGUACAAGGGUAUGCCCAUGCAAUUCUUCUUCUACGUCACUCCCUUCACCGCUGAAUACGAACAAUUCGCCACCUACGACUACACCUACUCUUGCGGUAUUGGCUCUGGUGUUCGUUACAUCGAUGAAAUGCCUUUCGGUUAUCCCUUCGAUCGUGAAAUUGAUGAAUACGAAUUCUUCGUACCCAACAUGUACUUCAAGGAUGUUAAGAUCUUCCACCAAGACACUUUUGAAAAGUACUUUGAACACAAAUACGAAAAGAUCGGUCAUUUUGAUUACAACUACAUUCACUAGGUAUUACUUAUUGAUGUCAUUAUUAUUAAAUUGUUGUUUAAUUGUUAAUAGUAAUGUAGAAAACAAAUGUUGCUAAAUGUAUAAAAAAAAUAAUUAUUAAAAAAAUAUAUAUAAUUGUUUUAAA